AUGCUCUUGGAUCGUCUCUCGGUGCUUUCCUUGCCGGUGGACAUCUCGAACCUCUGGUAUGCAUUGCUGGUGCUGCAGCUCAUUCCCUCCGCGUUGAGAAUCUGCAAAGGUAUCUUCUAUCCAGUAUGUGCCGGAUAUGCUCUUGGCCAUACUUGGCAGCAAAAGCUGGCCUACAUCCAUUGCACUCUUCCGUGGUGGAUCGCCAACAAGCUUUCAGAUGCCUACGACAGCGGCGGCAAUAUCGGUAUCUUGCUCCAAGUUUGCAGCAAUGAAAGGAUCCGUGAAGGGAUCCAAGCGUACAUGCAAGCUCGAACCCUUAAUCCUGGUGAUGUUCCAGCAGACGACCACUUAACGCAGAUGAGUGACUACGGUGGUUCCUAUGUCACGCAGCUCUACUUGUUUGGGAAUCAGCACGUUCAAGAACACCUCGAGAUGCACAAGAUUGUUUCCUUUGUGGCACAUAUCCUGGAUGACUUUGUGGACCGAAAAGAAGACAAGAUCAAUGGGCAAUUCAACUACUUUAACGAUCAUCCAGUGGCUGUGGACAAGUCGAUGGAGCAUUGGAUUGAUCAGAUGCAGUCGGCGCGAGACUACUUCGUCGAAAGGAACGACGUUGCCAUGGUGCGGUUCAUUGACGGCUCGUGCGCGGUAACGACACUGUUUCACCCAAACUUGUACCAAUUGGUCUACAAGAAUCCAGAUUGCGACUUUGGGAAUCCAUUGGGACCACUGGCGUCACUCUUGGUCGAUCGUUUUUCCAAUUGA